AUGACGCUGAAGCAGCCGCUCUUCCUGGACUACCCCAUCUUUGCCGUGAGCUCACAGCAUUGAAGAGAUCUACUCACCAACCUGCCAGCCAGCCAUUGCAAUUGCAAGAAGGUUCGCUGUUUGCGCGUGUCGUGUGUGUGAUGUGUGUCAUUCAUUCAGGCUGACUCCGACUCGAGCGGGUACGUGUUGACGGUUGGUGGCGGCGGCGGACGUGAGUACGGCAUUGAGAACCAGCUGGUCAGAUCUGAUCUGCACAGAAGGAGGAACGAAUGGCGGACAGAUGGGCGGUAUGUGUGUGUGUGUGUGUGUGUGUGUUGGUUCGAUUAUUCAGGAUCUGUUGCGUGUGGGUCCUUCGGCCCGUCGGCGUCCGUCGGUGGAGCGGUGCUUCUCGCUGCCCACCGACACCGGCAUCUUCACCACAGUGCGGUUCAGCCAAGCGGUGCGUAGCUAGUCAGAUGGACACACACACAGGCCGAGAGUCGGCAGGCCGAGGGAGGGAGGGAGGAAGGGAUUUGUUGGUCUCUGUGCGUGUGUUGAUACCUAGCAUGGACACAUACAUCUAUUGGACACAUGGAUGGGAUGCAUGUGCAUGUGUGUGUGUGUGCAGCGGAGGGUAUGGGUGUGCAGCGUCAGGACCUUCUGUGCGUUCCUGUACGUCGACACUGAUGCAGGGUACGCUCAUGGCCAUCGACGCCGCACACGUGUGUGUGUGUGUGUGCGACUGUGGGUGUUUUGGGCAGUGGUGUGAUGAAUUUGGGUGAGUUUGCGACCGAUGAGAGGACGCGGAAGGAGCAGGAGAUGGCCACACUCGACCCACAGAGUCGCGCACUCGCCACCGUCCACGAAGAUGGAACUCUCAGGCACGCAACAGAAAGCCACACACACACACACACACACACACGGCCACGGCCAAGACGCAUCCAAUUCCCCCCAUGAGUCUGUCGGAUUCAGGUUGUGGGAGGUGGAGUGGCUGGACAAGCAGCCGCGUGACCAGAGGCCGUCAUCCUCUGCGGCGUCGUCAUCGUCUAAGCCGCCCGAGACCUUGGCGGCCGCUCUCAAGAAGAAACCGCCCACUGCACCCUUUGAAAUCAAAGUCAGUCGGCCGGCCCCAGCUGGGGGGAAAGACACACCACCCACACACACUUAUACCCAUGGUGUGUGUCCCUGUGUGUGGUCCUUCCUCAGAGGUUGCAUCUGCGUCACACGUGUCGGGGCCACGAGAGCGGCGCACUCGACUGCGAUUUCGCACACGACUCUUCCCUGGUAUGGACGGAUGGAUGGAUGGAUGGUCAGAGUCGCGAGCAGGUCGCAGAUGGUGUGGGUGUGGGUGAGUGCAGGUGGCGACCACUUCCCGGGACAACACAUUUCGGUUGUGGGACACUCAGACGGGCGAACAGAUUGCUCAAGAGGUCCAUAGCUGGACGGGCACAUUUCUGAUCUGUAUGUGAAUCUCUCCACAUGUCUGUCUGUCUGUCUGUCUGUGUGUGUGUCUGCUAUCAGGCGUGCCCGGCGCCGGCAAAGGCGCCAGCUGGAGCAAAGAGCCUCAUGCCCAGAUUCUGCAGGUGGGCGGGGCAGGCACAGAAGGCAGACACACAUACACACACACGCAUUCAUCGAUCGCCUGUGUGUAAGUGUAUCAGGUUCUUUCCUGACGUGGGUGGGCCUGCGAGUCGGAAGUACGUCCUCGUGGGCGCACACGGCGCCAGGGGACCCACCACACUCACCAUCUGGUGGGCAGCACAUCCAUCCACAGACACAUGCAUGUGGAUGUGUGUGUGUGUGUGUGUGCAUAUGACUGACAGGAGGGUGUCGGGGAGCCGGGUUGAGAUGGUUGGCGGGCAGUACCUGGCCGACAAGGUGCCCUGCUGCAGCAUCAACAUCAGGUACCUACGUCACCCACACAGUCACACACACUCUCACUCAGCAAAACGAUGUGGUUUGUUCGUGUUUGUCUGUGUGUGUAUCCCUCGCCCACUCACUCAGUGCUGACGGCAGGUCCGUCGCUCUAGGCCUGACUGACGGUGGCGUGAGGCUCAUCAACACACCUUUCCCGACGUACGCAGAGCACACAGCAAGGGGGGGAACGACCACAUUUCUUUGUCAUUUAUGGUGUGUGUGUGUGUGCGUGUGUAUUGGCUCUCUCUCUCUGUGUGUGUGUGUGUGUGUGUGUUGGUUUAGUGGAAGUGGUUGGAGUCUGCAGUACAGCUACAUGCCCCACGGCCUUCCCACAAAGGCCGUCUGCUUCGCACAGUAA